AUGUUUCACAAAUCUCAUUCAGCUUCUUGUUUCCUUUUUAGAAAUGUUUGUUGCUCUCAAACGAUACCAAAAUGUAAUUCGUCGUCACAAGCUGGUAAAAUGAUGAACAAAGUAAUGGGACUUAAUCAGAAAUCUAAGUAAGUGUUACAAAUAUCUUAUAAAAAUAUUACGAACAUCAAAAAGUAUAUUGCACUAAAAAAUUAAUAUCGAUACAUACCUUACAACUAUUUUAAUAUUAUUUUCAGAAAAGUUUGGUACAAGUCAAGUGUUGGAGCCAAUCUUACAUUUGAAGAGCUUAUGAAACAAACAACCAAAAAUAAUGCCGGUCGUCAGUCAACAAAGCGUGUAAAUGUUCUUAAUAAACUGUUAAUGCAAAAUAUUACCGAUCUAAUGGCUACUGGUGAAAACUUCGAUAAACUUGUAGGAUAUGGUUUAGAAGUAUCAAAGGUAUAACAUAUUAAUAUGUACUAACUAGAAAUGAAUUCAGUUUAGCUCUUGAAUGAUUUUUUGGAUUUUUUUUUCAAAUUGUGUUUUUUAUGGUUAAUUUGAUGGUACUUUCAAAAAAGUCACUCAAACUUUCUUUGAAAGUUAUUAUCAAAAAACUUCAAAAUGCACAAUCUUUCCAAAAAUUGUAUUUUUAAGUUUAAAAUACUAAACAUUUUAAAAAAACAUCAUCAAAAUUAAGUAUAAAAAAACAUAAAUUUCAAAAAAAAAAUUGUUAGCUAUGUCAUUAAAUAUCCCAUGUAUUAUAUAGGUUGGUUUUCUUUAUUGCAGGUUUGUAUUUCAGGAGACUAUCGAUCUGUCAAAGUGUUUUGGAUGGCUAAGAUGUCUGAAGAUGAUUCCAAAUUAGAUGAUAUAUUGCAAAACAUAAGUGGUCCAUUAAGACAUGAAUUAUCUAGAUUAAGAAUUAUGGGCGAAGUACCAAAAAUACAAUUUGUAAAAGGUUAUUGUUAAAAAAUUAAAUAUUGUUAUUAUUCUAAAUACUAAUGAUACCAUUUUAGACAAAACAUAUGCAAACAUAGCUGCAGUCGAUCGAUUAUUAAAUAAAGCAGAUUUUGGUGAGGAUUUUAUACCAACUUGCCCCAACUUAUUGAAAAACCAUCCUACAAUAUUUACAAAGAUUGAUCCAGAAAUUAAGGUGAUAUUAUUGUAAUAACUAGUCUAUAGAUUAUUAAGAGAUAAUGUUUAUUAAUUAUGCAUAAGAAAAGUGUUGGAUAUAAUUUGAAUCCAUAGCACCAAAAAUAUAUGUUUUCUGAACUAUUAUAGAUAAUAUGUUAAUUUUAUUAAAAUAUUUUCAUGUGAUACAUUUUUUUUUAUUGGGUGUUUCUAAAGAGAACUCAUAUUCACAUUUUUAAUAUAUUUUAGGAAAAAAUUUAUGAAUUAGAGAAUAAAGAAAACCUAGAAGACGAUGGAAGCGAUGAAGAACUAGAAAUAUUUCCUGAAAUGAAGGUCGAUGUAAUGGGUCUUAAUCAUAGUGCAAUAAUGGCCAGAGUGAGAUAUUUACCUAGUAUUAUAAUUUUAUGUAUUAUUAUUGCUGCUAGGACAGAUAUUUAUGUUUUUAUUGAUUGGUUUAAAAAAAAAAACUAGGUAAUAACUUACUAAUUAUUAUUUGUAUGUAUUUAAUCCGUUUUAUUCGCUUUUACUUAAAGAAUGGUUCACAAAAAAUGUCUUUAUAACACAUUCAAUUUACAACUGCAAAUAAAUGUGAUGUUAUUGAUGGACAGCAGUGAAUAAUUUAAGUGAAAAGAGGUAGAAAGAAAAAUGUUUGAGUGGGUGACUGGGCAAGGUUAGUGAGUUAUCAUAGGCAUUUAAUUUGGCAUGGUCAACGCGAUAUGUGGGUUAGCUGUGAAUGUACAACUAUGGCGAUUGGAAUAAAAUUUAAAAAAUAAUUAUAUUUAUUUACGAGUAUUAACUUUUUAAAUAAUAUUGUUUUACUUUAUUAUUUUAUUAUAUGAGAUUUAUUAUUAGGUGGACUAGAGAGAACAUUUUGUAUUGCACUGCCAGAACAGCUAGUAUUAUAAUUUGUAAAUAACACUGUUAUUUUCUUCUAGUUGAAUGCAGCUAUUCAAAAGUCUAAAGCAAUUCAUCGCCAAUCCAAUGUUGUGCAAAAUACCUUAAAAAACAAUUUAUCUGAAUCCACCGAGAAACCUCAAUAUUUGUCAUUUACAGAUUUUAUAAAAAAACAAAAAAUUCAAGAAGUCAAAGCCUUGGGUAGAAGGAGGAGUAGAUCUGUUGAAAAAGAAAUGUAUGAUCAAGAUAUAACAUUAGAUUAUAACGAAGAAGAAGAUAGCAAUAUAGAUGAAUAUCCACUUAAAAUUUGA